UUCCUCUUUAAAGCGCAGCCGCCUGUCGUACUUUAAACAUGAACCGUCGAGCCUCAGUCAAACCGAGCGAAAACGUUCACCAAACGUAUAUCUAACAUAGAUUUAACAUAUUCGCGUUGUGGCCGUUGGUCGUCGGUUAAAAAGUAACCGUUAUAUAGUCACCGCGGAAUGGGCGUGGCCUGUUAGAACAGCUGGUGGGGGCUCGUGCGAGGGUCUCUCGAGCCGAGCGGUUGGUCUGUCGGUUGGUCUGUCGAUGGGGGAAACAACAACAAGCUAAAAACACAAAAAAGGCAUCAUGAGGGUCCCUGAAACACUGUUCUGGGCCGCUUUUCUCAUCCAGAAGGUGGUGGGAGAGUACGGCAUGGCCCAUUUCAGUGACAAGGGCAAGAGCAAAGGAAAGGAUUACUGCAUAUUCUUCAACUCACAGUGGGCACGUCUACCUCAGGACCUCAAUAAGGCAUCACGUCUUCAGAUCCACGACCUGACAACAUCGGUCCUGUGCUCGCCAUCUGAGGUCCCGGAGGGAGGCUUCCCAAAUCGCAUCCCCAUGGUGAUGAGAGGCAACUGCACUUUCUAUGAAAAAGUCCGACUGGCCCAGAUUAACGGCGCCAAAGGCAUCCUCAUAGUCAGCAAGGACAGACUGACCCCACCAGCAGGAAACAAGACUCAGUAUGAGGAGAUCGACAUUCCUGUAGCGCUGCUCAGCUACUCUGAUAUGCUGGACAUAAGCAAGACAUUUGGUAAAGGAAGACAGGUUGCCAUGUAUGCACCCAACGAGCCGGUGUUGGACUACAACAUGGUGAUCAUCUUUCUGAUGGCAGUGGGAACAGUUGCCAUUGGAGGUUACUGGGCCGGCAGCAGAGACAGCAAGAAACGCUACAUGAAGCACAAGCGGGACGACGGCGCGGAGAAGCAGGACGAGGAGACGGUAGACGUCACCCCCAUCAUGAUCUGUGUGUUCGUGGUCAUGUGCUGCAGCAUGCUGGUGCUACUCUACUUUUUCUAUGACCGCCUGGCCAUCUGGGUCAUAGCCAUCUUCUGCGUGGCCUCGUCUGUCGGCCUCCAUAGCUGUCUGUGGCCUUUUGUCAGGAGACUCCCUUUCUGCAAGUGCAGGGUCCCAGAGAACAACCUGCCGUACUUACACAAACGGCCGCAGAUCCGGAUGUUGCUGCUGUCGGCCUUCUGCAUCGGUGUCAGCAUCACCUGGAUGGUGUUUCGCAAUGAAGACCAGUGGGCGUGGGUGUUACAGGACGCCCUGGGGAUCGCCUUCUGUCUCUACAUGCUCAAAACAGUCAGACUCCCCACAUUUAAGGCGUGCACCUUACUACUGUCGGUCCUUUUUGUCUACGAUGUUUUCUUCGUAUUUAUUACCCCCUACUUAACGAAUAGUGGGGAAAGUAUAAUGGUGGAGGUAGCGGCUGGCCCCUCUGACUCCUCCACGCAUGAAAAGCUUCCCAUGGUGCUCAAAGUACCAAGGUUAAACUCCUCUCCCCUGGCUCUCUGUGACCGGCCCUUCUCCCUCCUGGGCUUUGGCGAUAUCUUAGUACCAGGUCUGUUGGUGGUGUACUGUCACAGGUUUGACAUUUUAACACAAUCCUCCAGGAUCUACUUUGUGGCCUGUACGAUCGCGUACGGCAUCGGCCUGCUGAUCACCUUCGUGGCUCUGGCCCUGAUGCAGAUGGGUCAGCCGGCCUUGCUCUACCUGGUGCCUUGCACUCUGCUCACCAGCCUCACUGUAGCGCUGUGGCGCAAGGAGUUGCCUCAGUUCUGGACUGGAAGUGGAUUUGUGCCUGCCAUAGUGCUCGCACCUAUCAACUGUACACAAACCACAGCGCCGCAGAUAGAGGAGCCCUCGACUAAACCGGAGCCACAAACCACAGACGAUCAGAGCGAAGACUCGCCCCAGCACCCGCCUCAGGAAACGCCUCAAGCUGAGAACGAAGAGGAAAAGAAAUCAGACUGAAAAGCACGUCAAGAGCGGCAUUCAUCAUUUCACUUCAUGUUUUAUUUUGUUGGUACGUUUUUUUUUUUUUCUACAUUGUGUCUCGGUCAAAGACAUUUUAAGUACGUACGGGCGUUUGUUUGCACUUGGUGCGAAGGGAAGAGCAGAGAGGAGAUCAGUGUUUUCUGAAAGGCUGGCUCAGCGGAGCACCGGGAUUGGACACCUACAACACACAAGGUCGAAACUGACAAAACACACUUAAGUAUAAAACCUGCACAGCAGCCCCAACACCUUCUACUACUAACAUACAGCCUGCACCACCUGUGAAGGGCAAAAUCUGGAACCUACACAAGCUGUUGAACACCAAAUACUCCCCGAAGGCCCGGUCACACCAGUGUUUAAAACUGAAAACUUUGUCAAAUCGACUCCUUUAAUGGAAUCACAGAUUAGUGGAUUGAUUCACAGUGAGGUGAAUGAUUUACAAACUAUUAAAUCAAUCAAUCACAAAUAAAUAAAUCAAAAAAAAUAAA